AUGGGGUGCAAGGGCCUUAACUCUUUCUACACCCAGUGCGCGUGGAUGCCACUUCUACAGAUCCUGGCCACAAAGCUGGACCAGGAGGCUGCACUCCUCCAUGCUGUAGUGACCGGCACCCCUGACUUUGCCAGGAAGGGUGCUCUGGGCAGGGAAGCACUUCUACGGGGACAGUGUUGGGUUCAGACUCUAAGCCAUGUCCCCAGUCUCCCCACAGGCCUCUUUGGUGGCCUCACGUGUGGUGAAGUAUCUGGCUUGAGCUCAGAGCACGCCCGGGGGCUGGCUAUGGCGGUGAGACAGAAGAACAUAACACUCAACGUGCGUCAGCUGCGAUGUCUGGCACGUCGCCUUCCUAGGCACCUCACCAAUGAGGAACUGGAUGCCCUCCCACUGGACCUGCUGCUCUUCCUCAACCCAACCAUGUUUCUGGGGCAACAGGCUUGUGCCAACUUCUUCUCCCUCAUCUCUAAAGCCAAUGUUGAUGUCCUCCCACGAAGAUCUUUGCAGCGCCAGAGGCUGCUACGUGAGGCUCUGAAAUGCCAGGGCAUGCAUGGAUUUCAUGUGAGUGAGGCAGAUGUGCAGGCUCUCGGAGGCCUGGCCUGUGACCUGCCUGGGAAAUAUGUGGCUGAAUCUUCAGAAGCCCUCCUGCCCUGGCUGGCAGGAUGCCGAGGACCCUUGACCCAGGACCAGGAAGAGGCGGUCAGGGAGGCUCUGAGGAGCGGAGGAGCCCCGUAUGGCCCCCCAUUGAAGUGGUCCGUCUCCACCCUGGAUGCUCUGCAGGGCCUGCUGGUGGUGUUGGAUGAAUCCAUUGUCCACAGUAUCCCCAAGGAUGUCAAAGCUAAAUGGCUGCAGGGCAUUGCCAGGGGCCCUUCCUGGCUGGAUCUUAAGCUGACUGGCGUGCUCCCAAGGUUCCGGCGGGACACAGAGGGGAAAGCCUGCCCCCCAGGGCGGGAGCCCACCCAGGUGGAUGAAGACCUCAUCUUCUACCAGAACUGGGAGCUGGAGGCCUGCAUAGAUGGCGCCAUGCUGGCCAGCCAGAUGGACCUUGUGAAUGAGAUGCCCUUCACCUACGAGCAGCUCAGUAUCUUCAAGCACAUACUAGACAAGACCUAUCCACAAGGCUACCCUGAGUCCCUGAUCCGGCAGCUGGGUCACUUCUUCCGAUACGUUAGCCCAGAGGAUAUCCACCGGUGGAAUGUGACCUCACCAGACACAGUGAAAACUCUGCUCAAAGUCAGCAGAGGACAAAAGAUGGAUGCUCAGGUGACUGCCCUAGUUGCCAGCUAUCUUCGGGAAGGAGGCCAACUGGACUUGGACAUAGUAAAAGCCCUGGAUGACAUCUCUUUCACCUACCUAUGUGACGUCAGGCCCCAGGAUUUGCACUCUAUACCCUCCAGUGCUAUGUGGCUGGUUGGGCCUCAAGACCUGGACAAAUGCAGCCAGCGGCACCUGGAUGUCCUCUACCCAAAGGCCUGCUUAGCCUUCCAGAAUGUGAGCAGGCCGGAAUACUUUGAGAAAAUCAGGGCAUUCCUGGGUGGGGCCUCCAUGGAGGACCUGCGGGACCUCAGCCAGCAGAACGUGACCAUGGACAUAGCCACUUUUAAGAAGCUGCGCGUGGAUGCCCUGGUGGGGCUGACUGUGGCUGAGGUACAGAAACUUCUAGGGCCACAUGUUGUGGACCUGAAGACCGAGGAGGAUAAAAGCCCUGUCCGGGACUGGCUCUCCCGGCAGCAGCAGAAAGACCUGGACAGGCUGGGUUUGGGACUUCAGGGUGGCAUCCCCAAUGGCUACCUGGUCCUGGACUUCAAUGUCCGAGAGGCCUUCUCCAGUGGAGCCCCACUCCUUGGACCAGGAUUUGUAAUUGCAUGGAUUCCAGCUCUGCUCCCAGCUUUAAGACUAAGCUGAGACCACCACCCCUAAGGCUUCUGGCCUCAGCCCUACUUUGGAGCCCCAUCUUGAUCAGGAGCAAGUA